CACGGAUGCUCGCCGUCGAUCCGAGUACUGGAAGUUGCAGUCAGCACACUGCACUGUCUACGACUAAUGUAAACACUCUAUCAUUUUUCUCUUCAAAAGGGGCUACUACAUGUGUCGUGGUCUACCACGCUCUAUCUCCCGCUACUGGUUCUAUCUAUGGUCGAAGCAGGUAGCAUCAUGCGCACCCUUUUGUGUCACUCGAUUCCCAGAACGUGGCGAAUGAGGAUGAUAACGAGCUGCAAGGCAAUCGUGAGGAUGCUGAGUCUUUCGCGCUGAUCCCACACGCAUGCCUGGCCCAAAGUUUCGAGUCGCAAUUUGUGGAGGGGGGAUUGGAGGUCUAUGCCUUGCCGUUGCUCUCUCAAAGCACUCGGACAUACAGGUGGAUCUGUAUGAAGCAGCUGCACGUUUCAAGGAGAUCGGUGCUGGCGUCAUGAUCUGGUCGCGGACGUGGGAGAUACUGACUCUCCUCGGACUGGAUGGCAAGUUCGCAGAAAUAGCCCAUGCUCCCCCUGACGGUUCCGACGGUGUAGGAUUUGACUAUCGCAAGUCUGACCAGCCGGAGGAAGGUCACCGCUUCUACUUCUUUGAACGUCCGUAUGGCUGCAUCCGUUUUCACCGCGCGCAAUUCCUCGACGUCUUCGUCGACGCGCUACCGGAAGGCGUCGAUCACUUCGGCAAGCGACUGAUUUCUUACUCGCAAACCUCAUCGGAUACGCCAGUGGAGUUGCAUUUCAGCGACAACACAUCCGCAGUCUGCGAUGUCCUGAUCGGAUGUGACGGCAUCAAGUCGACGAUUCGCAAACAGAUGCUUGAAGAGAAGGCGAGAAUGGGUCAGAAAGAGUUACUGCGAAACAUCAACCCGAUAUGGACCGGCACUACCGUUUAUCGAGGCUUGAUCCCAGUCGACCGCCUCAAGGCUCUGGAUGGUAAGGAGCAUAGGACGAUCGAAACACCAAUGAUGUAUUGUGGCAAACACAAGCACGUCGUCAGCUAUUCCAUCUCUAAGCGUAGUAUCGUCAACGUUGUGGCUUGUACAUCACGUCCUGACCUUGAAGGGUCAACAUACCGUGACGGCGAGCCAUGGGUUGUUGACUGUACGCAAGAAGAAUUACUAGAUUGUUAUAAUGGCUGGGAACCCGAAGUCGUAGAGAUGCUCAAGUGUAUCGAGAAGCCUACAAGAUGGGGCAUACAUCAUCUUCGUCCUCUGCCAAUGUACGUAUCGAACAAGGUCGCAUUGCUUGGAGAUGCGGUAGGUCUCUUGAGCAUCAUGUAUAGGGCGCUCUCCAAUGCAACGGUCCAGGCACACGCCAUGAGUCCGCACCAGGGCGCAGGUGCAGGACAUGCCAUAGAGGACGCGUUCAUCCUUGCGCAUCUCUUGGGACAUCAUUCCAUUACCCUAGCAAGGCUACCACAGGCACUGCUCGCUUACGAGCACGUUCGACUGCCCCUCGCGAAUCACGUCCUCCGGGGCUCCUACGAGUCGGGCAAGAUGUACGAGUUCGACGGCCCCCAAGGAGAUAGUCUACAGGGAUUAGGCCCAGCACUGGAGAAGCAGUGGGAUUGGCUCGACCAGACGACUCCGACAGGCGAAGCAGAUAGAGCAGUAGAGCGGCUCGAAGAUAUGGUACAAAAUGAGUGACAGAGGCAAUGCAUGUGGAUCCUAUGUACAUACACACUGGCACGAGCGUCGGACUGUGCUCGGACUCGUCGAGAUGAAGGCAAUCCUUCCCAGAUCCUUCCUAUAUUUAAGCGAAAACGCGGUGUCCC